AUGGUCUUGGUGGACGUGGUCAGCGGCGUCUCCGCCGACAUGGACACGGAUGCGAUGGUGGCGGGCGACUCGGGCAGCAAGCACAACGGCGGCCGCAGCGCCGUGUGUGCCGUCAACAGCAUGGUCUCGGAGGCUUCCGCGGCGACCGUGGCCGUGUUGGACGUGAUCGGGGGUGUCUCCGCUGGCAUGGUCACGAACGCGACGGUGGUAUUCGGCUCGGGCAGCGAGCGCAACGACAGCGGCAGUCCGCACGGAGGUAGCCGCCGGAAGUAUCGGCAGCAGCGCCUCCAGCGACAUCGACAGCAGGUUUUCAGGCGCGAAGGAGGUGACCGUGACCUUGGUGGAUGCGGUCAGAGCUACGAUGUCCGUGCAAGACGUUGA